AUGGGGUCAUUAGGACAGCAAAGAUUCCGAAUUGGUGUCGACGUUGGCGGAACCAACACGGAUGCAGCACUCGUGGGCUGCUUCGAAACCUCGUCAAACGACAAGCAAGAAUUUACGGUUCUAGCAAGUAGCAAAUCACCGACCACGGCGGAUGUGACAUCCGGUAUCUGUGACGCGGUGAAGAUGGUCCUUGAAGAAGCGGAUGUACCUCGCGAGGACGUCUUGUCGAUCAACAUUGGCACCACUCAUUUCAUAAACGCCGUCACACAACGAGACGCGGCCAAGCUGGAGCGCGUUGCUGUCUUGCGGUUAUGUGGACCUUUUGCAAGAGAGAUUGCACCCUUCUCGGAUUGGCCUCAAGCUCUGCGCGAUGUUGUCGAGGGUCCAGUUGGGUACUUCUCUGGCGGUCUGGAAAUUGACGGACGAAUCAUCAGUGAGAUCAAGGACUCAGAGAUCCGAGACUUCUGCCACGAACUUAAAGCUGCUAAGAUCAAUGCCAUCGUUGUCAUAGGCGUCUUUUCGUCCUUGGACUCUGGCACACCCACCCAAGAGGAGUACGUCCGAAGCCUUCUACUCAGGGAGAUGCCCAACGUGGAUGUAGUUUGCUCUCGCGACAUUGGCAAUUCUGCGUUUAUAGAGCGAGAAAACGCUGCCAUUUUGAACGCCAGUAUUCUAGACUUUGGCCGGCGAACCAUUCGAGGGUUUGAACGUGCUUUUCGUUCCCUGCGUUUGGAUUGCCCACUGUACCUCACUCAAAAUGACGGUACUGUCAUGGAGACAAAGACCGCCAUGCGGCUUCCUAUCAAGACCUUUUCAUCCGGAGCAACUAAUUCACUUACUGGAGCUCUCUUUCUUUCUGGGAUACACAGCCGGACGACAGAUCUCGAUCCAAGCACAUCCCAAAUCAUCAUGGUAGAUAUUGGAGGCACUACAUCCGACUUUGCUGCCCUCUCGUCGUCGGGGUUCCCGCGUCAGUCUCCCGCCACUGUCAAGCUCGGGGGUGUCCGCACUGCUUUCAGUAUGCCCGAACUUGUCAGUAUAGGGCUUGGCGGCGGUUCACAUGUCUUGGAACAGGAUGAUGGUCGAGUGAGUGUGGGGCCUACAUCGGUAGGCUACAGACUCGCGACCUCAAGUAAGUGCUUUGGAGGGGACACCCUCACUGCUAGUGACAUUGUCGUUGCUAGUGGCCACGCCAGUAAUAUUACUGGAAGCGUCCCCAUUCGUCUGGACGCAGGCUUGGUAGCCAGAGCCCGACAUGAUAUCAAGAGACAGCUUGAACGGAGCAUUGAUAGCAUGAAAGUCUCGGACCAGGAGGUGGUGCUCUUACUGGUUGGAGGUGGGUCUAUCAUCCAACUGGAAGGGCUCAACAAUGUCAAAGCUUGCAUCAGGCCCCCUUUCUACACGGUCGCAAAUGCUGUCGGUGCAGCUAUUGCCAAGAUAUCUGGGGAAGUGGACAGGGUCAUCAUCCCUGGUGAUCGAAAGCAGCAAGCCAUUGUUGACGAGGUCAAAGUGGAGACCAUUGGAAGGACUUGUUCCAAUGGAGCAAUCAAAAGCACAGUAAAGAUUGUGGAUGUUGACUGUAUUCCUCUGCAAUACAUGACCAAUGCAGCAUUCCGGAUUGUAGUUCGUGCGUGCGGCGAGCUCGGGUGGGAUAAAUCCACCAGCGGAGGCCGGGCAGUUCUUGAUAUCGACGCUGUCGAGACCUAUGACGAAGGAGAAAUUCCGCGCGUGCUCCCAUCCAAGCUUGAUCUGGACAGUCAAGAGAUGGAUUAUUCGACAUACCAACCAGAGGUUUCUAUGGCUGGAGAAUGGUUCAUCUCAGAGACUGAUCUCGCCUUCAUUGCUGAAGGAUGCGGUGUUCUCGGAACGGGUGGCGGUGGGUCGGUGUACUCUGCCUAUCUCCAGUCCGUACAGGCGCUCAGGAACAUGCCCAAUGGAAGAAUGCGAGUUGUGGAAGCAAAAGCAGUCAACCAUGGGGACCGGGUGGCUAUUGUAGCAUUUGUCGGGGCGCCGACGGUAUCAAACGAGCGCCUGGCCGGCGACGGCGAGCUUCGCGUCGCCUGCGAUAAACUUGCUCAGUAUUUGCAACUCGAUGGUGGCUCAUCAGCAUUCGCCGGCCUUGUGGCAGGGGAGAUCGGCGGAUCCAACGGAAUGCGUGCCUUCGCCACGGCGGCAUCUAUGAACCUGCCCGUAAUCGACGCCGACAUGAUUGGCCGUGCGUUCCCCAAGGUAGACAUGUGUCUGCCCUAUGUUUAUGGGGCAGAAAAGCCCUCGCCUGCUGCCGUUGCCGACGCUCGUGGCAAUGCACAGAUUGUGGCCGAGGUCGAGAGCCGCGACAGGCUGGAACGUCUCCUCCGAUGCUUAUGUAUCGAGCUGGGGAUGUUCACGGCUUCUGCUCUCAGCAUAUCUGGAACGAACCUCCAUCAGUACACCUGCCACGAUACGGUCUCGCAGGCGUGGUUCCUUGGACGGGCUAUUUUAUGUGCGAGACAAGACAAGAAAAAUGUGGUUGAUUCCCUGGUUGACUUGAUCCCCGGUUGCCGUUUCCUAUUUGUGGGACGGAUUGUGGAAAUAUCGAGAGAGGUGAAAGGAGGCUGGACCAUCGGGACAGCGACCAUUGAGCGUGCAAGUGAUGACGAGGAGUUCAUCUCAUGGGAUUCCGAGUCCGACCAGCGUCCUAUGGUGCUCCAAUACCAGAACGAGUUCCUCUAUGCUGCGUUAAAAGGGCCGGACGGCUCGCAAGAGAGCAUUUGCACCACGCCGGAUCUCAUUACCGUACUCGACAUGUCUGGCAGCGCUUUAUCAACCCACGAACUGCGGUAUGGCCUGCUUGUGUCGGUCAUUGCCAUGCCAGCUCACCCGCUCUGGACAACACAGCAGGGCAUGCAGGCAAGCGAUCCAGCCUCGUUCGGUUUACACAUGCAAUAUCAGCCUUUCGGACAGUCGUGGCAAAAGACACCUUCUGUGAUACAACAAUACCGACCUUCAUCAACACUUGAGAGGUAA